AUGAGUGAAAUUAAGCUUCAAGUGUUGGUUGUGCCCAUGGACCUUGCGGCAACAAGCCACGGGGAAAUCACAUCCAGUUUAUCCACUUCUUUCGCACCAAUGAAGAAAUUCUUGCACAUUACAGAUUCGGGAAACAGGAUUUCGGACCUAGUGCGCGAGAUAAUACAGCAUUUUGCAAAACUUUAUCCUAGGGAGAAACAGAUUACUGUUGCAAACUUGCAAAACGAGGAUCUAUGCGAGGUCGAUUUUGACUACAAAGUGCUGCAAGUGUUUGAGAAAAACGACUUGGUACGUGUUAUUGUUGAUGAGCCAUCUGCAAACAAGCACACAGCAACGCUGGCUUUUAGAUUACAAUCUAAUGAUCAACAACAAGCAGCACUUGGCACGGCAAGAACUACCCCAUCCAAGCCAAACACCCGUGUAUCGGUCUCACCGGUGUCUUUAGCACCCCCCGAAUUGAGUGUUGACAACACGAUUCCAGUGAAAAAAUUUAAUGAAUCUCCAGCAAGUGCUAAAGGCCAACGUAUUACCUCGGGGAUGCUAGUGCAACCUCCGCUGGCAAGUGGAGCAGCGAAGCGAAACUCUGAUUUGAUUAAUCAAAAUUAUGACACCCAUAGACGUGUUGUACUGGAAACAGCAUCAGCUAAUCCGGAAAAUGGGAUUGACAGCGACCUUGAUAUUGACGUCAAUUCCGAUGUGGAAUAUCCGGAAAGAGCAGAAAAUAACAUUCAAGUGGAGAAAAAUUCUAGAAACUUACGAAACUUGAGGAACCCAAUGAAAGCAGACGGUAAUACAGUGGCUCGAAAGACGGUAUUGGAGCUCCACGAUUCACAUCUUACGCUGAAUGAAUCAGAAAAUAUAAAUCCAAAUAGUCUGAAAUCUUUACAAAUAGAAGAAGUGGAACACCAUCGAAGUGUUGGUGGAGGUGGACAAAAGAAAAGUCGUUCUGCAGCAAAUAUAGCAAAGACAAAAACGGAUAUUCCAGCUCUCGUCACUGAGUCUACUGCAAUACCAAAAACUCUCAAUGAAGGUAAUAUUCCAAUGACUAAACGAACACGGAAUGCUGAAAUAUCAUCUGUGUCUACACCAUCAGUCAAAAGAUCCAAGAGAGAGCAAAAUUUAACAACUCCUUCGGUGCGUGAUCUGAACAAGUCACAAACACCCGCAGAUACUAGGCAAUUGAAGAACACUACUGCAUCCACAAAGAACACUUUGUCGCCACCUAAAACCGGACGUAAAAUCAAGGAAGAAAAUAGAAAACCAGAAAAACAAAAGUCAAUGAAUAUUCUUCAAAAUUUGCAUUCUAGCUUGAGCCAUAUGCAACUCCAACUAACAAAGUAUAAAACCGCAAAUGGGUUUUCAAAUGUUCCUCAAAAUUUUGCUGAUGCACCAUAUCAUUGCAAAAUCCCUAUAACAAAUAAUCAAAUAGAUGUGCGACUCAGACUAACUACUUCUAGUCCUACUUCUUCAACAAUAGCUAAGACUACUAAUGAAACCACUACCACCACCGUUACCUCAGCUGACAAAAAUAACAACGUAAAAAGCAAGGAGCUUUUACCUGAAGUAGAAGCACAAAACAAUACGAGGGACAAGAAACCUGAUCAAAAUGAAACUGAGAUUAGUCAUUCAAAAUCCAACUCUUCCAAUUUGUCAACAUCAGCAAACUCUGUGCCUACCACAAAAUCUAAGAAAAGUGCGUUUCUCAAUGAAACUGUUAGUACGCCUUCAACUAGAAAACUUCGUGGAGGGUUACCUUCUCAACCACAUUUGAAUGUAAACACACCGUCUCGCAAUCUUAAAGAUUUGAAAGCGCAUACAGAUUCAAUAGGUGACUUGGAUGAUCGUAAAGAUAAGGUAGUGAGCCAUACCGAAACUACAGCAAAGAAACCGUUAGGAAUCAUCGAUGACAACACAAUUGUGUCUGCAAAGAAACUCAGUGGCAAAAGUUUUGAACCUAUUCUUCGUAACGAAGAUCAAUCUUCUUCAAGUGACGAAUCUGGUGGCGAAGAAGAAGUAGAUGAGUCUACUCACACACCGCGACUUGUUGCGUCUGCACCCAUAAAAAGAAUCGUUUCCUCGCAAAAUUCGCCAAUGCCAGCUUCGACAAGGAGCCUUAAACGGAAUAAUGCGUUGCCUUUAACAAAUUCCCGGAAAAUGCAAGGCCAACUAGGCGACAUAGAAGCCACCAACACCAAACAGGAUGACCAAGCCAAAACUAUUGUGCAAGGCUCUUUGCAAGGUAAAAGUAUUUUUUUGCCACUGAAACCUCUUCUCCCUACAUUGCAAGAUUUGGAGAAAAAGGGCCUUCCAGAUGUUAGGGAUGCUAUGGAAACAAAUGGGAAAUCUUUGUCAAAUAUCACCGGUGCUAAUGGUGCUAGUGGUACCACACGUGAUAAAUUAAAAAAAGGAGAAAAAGAGGAUGAUGGCGAAGAUGCAAACGGUAUCGAUUCUUCAUCUUCUUCAUCUUCCUCUUCAAGUUCGGACUCAUCAUCCAGUUCUAGUGAUGACGAGCAAAGCAGUAAAUUUCUUUCCUCGAAAAAAACAAAAAAAGGCGUGAAGAGAAAGCAAAGAGCAAAAAAAAGUUUAUUUUCUUAG